GUCCCCGGGUGCAGGGUCCUGUCUCCAGGCGCGGAGUAGGGGUGCUGGCUCUGGAUAUGGCCGGGCAGAGAGGAGAGCUGCUCCUGCCCCUGCUGCUGCUGCUGAGCCUUGCUGUGCCGGAUCUCACGCUGGGGACCACAACCACAGAUGUGACACUCACCGCAUCCCCGAAUCUCCCCACCUCCUCAACACCCAGAGAGACCAUGGCGCUGCUGCCCACCACCAACUCCACCACCACAGACACCACCCCUCCCUCCAGCCCUGAAGCCUCCACCCCAGAGGCACCGAUGGACGCCCCCACCGCCAGCCCUGCUACGCCCGGGGGGAGCAGCCUGGCACCCUCCAGCACCAGCACCCCACAGGCGAGGGGCAGCAGAGCCCCCAGCCCUGCCGCCACUGUGGCGCAGCCUGACCCCACCCCAACAGAGCUGGGUCUCGCCCCCGGCACCCCAGCUCCAACCGCCGUGGCCAUGACACCCAGCUGUGCUGAGGCCACCAUCGUCCUGUCCGUGGGGAGCAGCGCGGCCCUGGCUGCCAGCUGGCCGGGGGGUGAAACAAGCCCGCUGCGCCCCGCCACCUCCGCUCCCCUCCCCUCCGCCUGGCUGGGCACCGGCACUGCCCACGGGCCAGCCGUGGCCACACCGCCCGGCAGCGCUUCCCCCGGGACCGGCAGCGCCGCUUCUCCCACCGCACCGACGCUGACACCGACAGCCACUUCGGCCGAGCCCUUGACGACCCCGCCAGACACCGGCCCCCCCCCCGCCACCAGCACGGGGGGCCCCGGGAGCACCCCCGCCCCCAGCCAGCCGGCCAGGACCAGCCCGACGGCAGCCGGGACCCCCAGCGCCGCUGCGGGGACCACUGUCACGGAUGUGACAGCAACCGUGUCCCUGACUCUCCCUACCUCCCUGACACCUAUGGAGACCUCACCACUGCUGCCCACCACCGACUCCACCGCUGCAGCCACCCUCCCUCCCUCCAGCCCUGAAACAGGAGCCUCCACCCUGCAGAGAUCCAGCACAUCCCUGGGGACUGGCAGCACCUCACCUCCCACCAUGCCUCCUCCCACUGGACCAGCACCGACAGCUGCUUCAGCCGAGCCCUUGACAACGCUGGCAGAUACCAUGGCCACCCCUGCUAUCAGCACAGGGGUCCCUGGGAGCAACCCCACUCCCAGCCGACCAGCUGGGACCACAUCCAGGAACACCCUUGACACCUCCAGCCAGACUGUGGGGCUGACCUCAGGUACCCUAACAUUAUCUGAGACUCCCAGCACAGCCACAGGCACAGAGACCUCUUCCCCCCCCACCGACUCAACCCAGAUCCCAGAGGUUACACCCAGCACCCCUGCAGACCUGUCAGUGAUGACAUCCACCUGCCCCACUGCCACAUCCAACACCAGUGCAUCACACCUCUUUCUGUCACUGCGUCUAAUGGUCCCCCAGAACCUGGAGAACACCAUGGUGCAGGAGCUGGUGUUGUCCAAGCUCCGUGGGAACCUGCAGACAACAUUCCCAUGCGCCGGCCUGGCGGUGGAGUGGCGAGGGAAGAGGAGGACCUGACCACCGCUGCUCGCCCAGCUGGCACCUGCAUGGACUUGCCAGCCUUCUGCUCCCAGCUCCCUGCUCCAUGGUAGUGCAGCCCUUCAGUGUAACUGGUGCAGCUCCCCUUGAACCUGGGACCUCCCGUCCUUCCCUGCACAUCCCCAGAGGAUCCCCCAGUGCCCCCCCCCCCCCGUAGGCUGGGGUGCCCCUGCCCCUUCCCACAGCCUUUCUAGAGCCUGAGCCCUCCCACCACCCUCCACCAGACUUGGCUUCUGUGGUGGACUCCCUCUCCGCCAAGCUUUGCCAGUGAGCUGGGCUUUUACAGUUGGGACUGAGCUGGCUCAGCCAUGGAAGCCACCCUGGGGACCGACAGGUGAGAGAAAGGAGACCUGGAGCCCCCAGUAUUGCUGUGCCCAGGGCACUUGGGGGCUUGGUGAUGAUGACCUCCAAGGAUUUGCAACCUGGGGAGGCUGUGGUGCCUGAGGUCUUCAAGAGAUGCUCCAUGGCUGCUUCACAUCCAGGGCAGGCCAAGAUGGAGCCUGGGGUGGCUCUGGGAAGGAGGCAGGAGAGGAAAAGAGUCCCUCUUUCCCACCUGAGCCCCGUCCCAGGGCCAGCCAAGGUCCUGAGCCCUGCAGUGCGGAGGGCGAAUGGACCCAGAGCCCAGCACACGGGCUCUCCCUGGCUUGCCUGCGGUAUUGCUGACAGAGGAGCACACCCAUGCCAGCACAGGCUGGGCAGUAAAAGGAAAUUCCACGUUUUCCAUGGCAAAGAUGAUGACUUCUUUUUUUCCAAGUUGCCUUCCCCAGUUUUCAGCUUCACUGUCUAGCGGAGGUACCAGCAAGGAAAACCAGCGAGUCCCAAAAGCUUCACGGGGGAGAGACAGGCUCCAGGCUGUCCCCUCCUGGCAGGGGCUGCUGCAGAGGUUGCCGAGGAUGGCUUGGCACCCUGAGAGGCUGGGGGUCCCCACUUUGGUGCUCUCUAACCCAUGACACCCCAUGGCUGCCAGGUCAGCUGUGUGCACCAUCAGGCCGUGGAAAUCCCGUGGGCUGUACUCCUUCCCUGUUUUUUUCCAGUCCCCAGCUAAGGAGUCGGCCGCAGCAUCUGUCCUCCUGCAGCAAAGUCAUUUAUUAACUGAUUAAUUAGCCAGAUAAAAUCCAACUGAAGCAAUUAUUAGCCUAAGCAAGUCACCUCGCCGGGAGAUUGAAAACUGAAAUAACUAGCAGAAUAGC